AUGUCCUUCAAUUCCAAUUCUCAACAAGCAUGCCAAGGUUAUCAAGAAGACACCGGAAAAAAUUCCAUUGAGAUCAUUGAUGAUGAUGUUGCUAUAAUUGACCAAAGUAUGUUUGAUGAGGCAAAGAACAAUUCUCGGAGAAACCAUUCUAGAACUAACCAUUCUCAGGUUAUUGAUGGGUUGAAAGAUGUGCUUAAUGCGGCUGCCGGAUUGUUAAAUAGUCUUUCAGAAAUGGCAAAUCGGUGCUGUAAGCGAAAAAGAGAUGCGGCCGAUGAAUCAAUUUCUAGUAGAUGUCCUAGAAUGAUGGAAGAAGCUAAGAAGAGAAACAAGGUCAUUUUAACAAAGCUUAAUGUGGAAACUACCCUUCAAAGAGUUCUUGUUGUAAACCAUUUCUUUCCUCAUAAUCCUUGUGUCAGUUGCCAUAUACAGGCUAAGAACACUGUGAAACUAGUAGAGUUUCCGAAAAAUCCUGAGCUGGAUGCACCAAAGUUCAUUUGUCCUAUCUGCAUAGGUCCAUUGAGUCUAGCAACAACAACAAAGUGUGGUCAUGUGUUCUGCCAGGAAUGCAUAAAGAAAGCCAUGCAGCUCAAGGGAAAUGCCCUACUUGCAGGAAGAAACUUGGAAAGCGAGGCAUCAUCAGGAUGUAUCUUCCUUCCAACUGCCAAUUCAAUCAAAUAA